AUGAAAAAAAGCUCCGUUUCGACACCAAAUUGGCUUGAGCAAAUUGUUGAACAAAGUCAUAUAGAUUUUCAUGAUUAUGAUAAAUUUUCGGAAAUUGAACCUAUUGUCUCAGGACCUUUUGGGGAAAGUUUUCGUGCAGUUUGGAAAUCUCGUGGAAUAACCAUUAUGUUAAAAAGAUGGAAAGGAAAUAUUGGUACUGAUGAUAAAUCUGUUAUAGAUAAAUUUAUCAUAUUGGAAAAACUUCAAAAUACUGAGGUUCCUAUUAAAAAGAGAAGUAACGAGAGUAUUUCAAAUAAUACGAAGCCAAGAACUCGAAGAUCAUCCUCCGAAGGCAAAAGAACUUCAUAUCCGAGUGUUGUUAUUUCCAAUGAUACACUAAAUGCUAUUACUGAAAUUCAGACUACUGGAAGAUCUAAAAAGCUUGGAACAAUAAAUACUGAACUGAGUAAUUCGGCUUUUAAUGGAAGAAGACCAUCACAUUCAAGAAGUAACUCAUUUCACGAGAGUAUAUCAACUCCGUCAACACCAACAUCUCCAAGUUCGAAUGGAAGUAACAAGAAAAUAAUAGAAAAUACAGAUUCAAUUUUCCUCAAGGAAUUAUUAAAAUUUUUUGCUGAAAUGUUAGAAUUAAGUGGUGAUUCUGCUGUGAUGAUCUCUAAUAUCAAAGAAUAUUUGCACAAUCGAAUGAGAGAACACAAGUCAACAUUUAAAACUCUGAAUCAGCAUAAAGAUAAUCCACAAUUCGGACCAAUCAUAGAAUUGAUGGCUUGUCAAAACAAAGAAGGCCAUCAUCUGUUUUAA